AGCGACGAAUUACUCAGUCAAGCAGCUGUUAUGGCGCCAGCAUCGGACAACAACAACCAGGAUCUCGCCACGAAGAAAGCUAAACUGGACAGCACCAACACAGUGAUCGGUAUGGGCAUCACGAAAACAUCACGCGUGGUGCACAUCCGCAACAUCCCAAAUGAGGUGAGCGAGGCGGAGAUUAUGCAGCUGGGUUUGCCGUUCGGACGCGUCACGAAUGUGCUGGUGCUGAAGGGCAAAAAUCAGGCAUUUAUCGAGAUGGGCGACGAGACGGCCGCUUCGACAAUGGUGAGCGUGUUCCAUGCCAACCCACCGCCACUGCGCGGCCGUACGGUGUACGUGCAGUACUCGAACCAUCGCGAACUGAAGAUCGACCAGAACCAUAACGUCACAAAUGCACUGCAGGCACAGGAUCUCACGCAGUCUCCUACAGGAUCGCCACUGCCCUUGGCGAUCGAGCAUACGAACAGCAACUCGCAGAACGCGACCAGCAACAGCACGAACAACAGCUCCAGUGGCGGCGGCGGUGGUGGCGGUGGAUCCGGUGCUCCCAACACCGUGCUGCGAGUGAUCGUCGAGUCACUGCUCUACCCGGUCUCGCUCGACGUGUUGCACCAGAUAUUCCAGCGAUUCGGGAAAGUGUUGAAAAUCGUCACCUUCACCAAAAACAACUCGUUCCAGGCGCUGAUCCAGUACCCAGACGCGCAGACAGCCCAGAAUGCACGGGCGUCUUUGGACGGCCAGAACAUCUACAACGGAUGUUGCACCCUGCGCAUCGACAACAGCAAGCUGACGGCGCUGAACGUGAAGUACAACAAUGACAAAUCACGGGACUACACGAACCCGUCGCUGCCGUCCGGCGAACCGGGCAGCGACGUGAUCGCCAGUGCAGGUGGGCUCGUGUCCGCAAGUGACCUGCUGCUGCUGGCUGCUGGCCAACGGCCGCAGCUAUCCCGCGACCGUCUAGUGAACGGCUUAGCGACGCCAGGUGUUAUGCCACCGUUCGGGCUUGGGCUCGGUUCGCCAGCCCUUGCCAGCGCCUACGGAGGUGCUCUGCCCAGCUUGAACGCGUUCGCACUCGCCUCGAAUGGAGCGCUCGGAACGCCGAAUCCGGCCAACGUCCGGGGACUCUCGAACGUGCUGCUCGUUUCCAAUCUCAACGACGAGAUGGUCACGCCUGAUGCUCUAUUUACCCUCUUUGGAGUGUAUGGUGAUGUACAACGUGUAAAGAUUCUCUACAACAAGAAGGAUUCAGCAUUGAUUCAGAUGGCUGAACCAUAUCAGGCGUAUUUGGCUAUGACCCAUUUGGAUAAGCUCCGCAUCUGGAACAAGACGAUCCGUGUGAUGCCGAGCAAACAUCAGGCGGUGCAGCUGCCGAAGGAAGGCCAACCAGACGCCGGACUGACCCGCGAUUAUGCACAAAACCCGCUGCAUCGAUUCAAGAAACCGGGCAGCAAAAACUACCAGAACAUCUAUCCACCAUCUGCUACACUGCAUUUAAGCAACAUUCCAGCUACCGUGACCGAGGAUGAAAUCAAAGAAGCAUUCACCAAGAACAGCUUUGAGGUGAAAGCUUUCAAAUUUUUCCCGAAGGACCACAAGAUGGCGCUGAUACAGCUGAGCUCGAUCGAAGAGGCGGUGUGUGCGCUUAUCAAGAUGCACAACUACCAGCUGUCUGAAUCGAACCAUUUGCGCGUCAGCUUCUCCAAGUCCAACAUCUAA